CGCCUUAGCCAGCUCGCCGACAGAGCCUUUCUACACGCCACUUCGGACGGCGGAAUGCGGUACGACCUCCCCCAUUGAUCGUCGGUGCGUGGAUCUGUGCUUUGAGAAGCUAUCACGAGGAUGCUCCUCGAAUUCGAGAAUCUAUCCCGUGCGCAGGUGCUUCUGCUUCAAGUUCACCCGGUGGUUGACACUGGGGAAUCCUCUGACCGAUGAGGGUAUGUGGGAGGACUAGUGAGAUGAAAACUUCCAGUUUGCUCGCCUGUGUUUGACGCCACUCCGGCCUAGAAAUCUAAAAAUUUUGUGUUUUUUUCCCGACUGAAAUGUGUUCUUAACUUUUUUUUGAGGUGUAGAAUUGAAAAUUGACUUCUUGAUAGGAUUUAUUCCCAAUAUAAAUAUUUCGAUUUUCACUGCAAUAAUUGAGUGUUUGUUUUCUGUUCAUCUAAAUGUGUAUUGAUAUCAGUGAUUUCGACUAAGUGGAUAAAAGUUAUCUGUUUCUUCACAAUUCAUUUAAAAAUAAAAUCAGAUUUUUUUAAAUAAAAAAGUAGCAUUCAUUUGCUUCGUGAACAUAAUUCCUUUGGAACUUGCUCUUAGUUGCUUAAAAAGUUGGCCAAUUUGAACUCUAAAACAUAUCUCAUUAAAGAUGCCUAUGUAGUCUUGGUCUCUUUCUCCAAUAGCUAGUUUUUCAGCCACGCCUCUAAAGCGUGGCUCAUCUGCCUCUAAAAUACUUAUCUUAUUUACAUCUAUAAAUCAUAGGAACUUUUAAAACUCUCUUCCCCAAUGGUGUGAUACUUUAUUUUUCAUUGAGAAAUAAAAUCGCAUCGAUAUAUUCAUUAAUAUAUAUAUAUGAAGAUCUAACUUUAUAAUAUAACACGUCAGUACAAAAGUAGAAUAUCUGUUUCCAGAAGAUGUCAGCCUAAUUGCUGGCCAUCAGAAUCAAUUUUGUGCAGCAUUACCAGCAUCAAAGUACAACAUGCGGACUUGGCAAAACUUAGCAAGGUGGUCAAAAAAUACUCGGUGAGGCAAAAAACUCAGCUCUGUUGCUUUUAACAACCGCCCGAAGGCAUGAUGGCAGAAGUGAGCUUUACAAAGCGGGCAGCGGCCGAGCUGAGUCGGCGUUUCAAUGGGCUAACUGUCCGGAGUCGUGGAUCGUCGGCGUCCUCCACCCCUCCUUCCAAUCCGUCCACCCCCCAACCUCAGUCCAAGGGGGUUGGCCAACUGACCAGCUGGAUGGUGGAAGGGGUAAAAAAGCAACAACCGAAAGGAAACAAGUUGGCCGAGCUUCUGGCCGGUCGACCGCAAACUGCGGAUGCCUUGUGGAUGGACCCUGCCUUUCUGGUCAACUUUUUCUGGUACUUUUCGCCGCUGGAGAGAACGACGCUCCCUCAGGUGUGUAGAACGUGGAAAGACAUCCUUUACCAACCUGUGUUCUGGAAACAAAUCAUGCCCGUGCUUCACUGUAGGGAACUUAGGGUCACUUCAGGGGACCUGUCAUCGACUUCGGAAUUGAGGAAAAGGGUGUAUUCCAGCCUCGAGAAGCGCGGUUUUCACUCUCUGUGUCUGUUCGGGGCGGGGGACGACGAUGUGUACGACGUGGUCAGCAAUUUCCCCCACAACUACGUGCGCCAGGUUCAGUGGCUGGUGCUGCGCUGCUGCAAUGUCACCGACAAGGGACACGAGGUGCUGCUCGAGUUCUUCCACGAGGUCACGCGCCUCGAGAUGUCCGGCUGCAACGAGGUGACGGACGCAGGGCUGUGGGCCAGCCUACAUCCCAGGCUCGUUCAUCUCACGCUCGCAGACUGCAUCAACGUCGCAGACGAGUCCGUGGCCGCCAUCGCCCAGCUCUUGCCCAGCCUCCAGGAGCUGAAUCUGCAGGCAUAUCACGUGACGGACUCCGCCCUGGCCUUCUUUGGCCCCCAGCAGAGUGGCACUCUCCGGGUCCUGAGGCUUCGCUCGUGUUGGGAGCUCACCAACCACGGUUUGCUCAACCUGGUGCAUGUGCUGCCCAACCUGACGGUUCUCUCGCUGUCCGGUUGUUCCAAGAUCACGGAUGACGGCGUGGAACUGGUCGCCGAGAACCUAAGGCAACUCAAGGUCCUUGACCUUUCCUGGUGUCCAAGGAUCACGGACGCUGGACUUGAAAGCAUAGCCUGCGACCUCAAUGUCCUCGAAGAACUUGCCCUGGACAGGUGUGUGCACGUGACAGACCUUGGAGUGGGCUAUGUGUCCACUAUCACCACCAUCCGAGUCUUGUAUCUGAGGUGGUGCACACAGCUGAGAGACUUCGGACUCACGCACGUCUGCAACAUGAGGAAUCUGGAGAUUCUCUCUUUGGCAGGUUGCUCUCUGCUGACUUCAAAUGGAUUGUCUUCGAUUAUACAGUUAAGGAAUUUACGAGAACUCGAAUUGACAAAUGUUCCCGGCGCCUCUCAAGAGCUGUUCGAAUACUUGAGGGGACACCUACCCACCUGCUUGAUCAUCGAAUAGAAAAAUCACCGUCCUUCGAGAACAGCCGAACUUCUUCCGUCAGCAACAAAGUAAACAUGCGAGCCAAGAAUCAGGCUGCUGUCUACGACGACCCCAAUAAACAAACUAUCAGACUGAGCCGCUGAAAUUCCAACUGUUUUGUUUGUUCUUUGUCAUCAGCCAUCUGUUCUGCAUUCACAAUCAUACAAGCGGGAAAAAAAAAAAAGGAAUAAUUGUUUCUGAACAGCAAUUUCAGGAGCAUGAUUACUAUUGCCAAUCCGAGCAAAAUAGUUUACUUUUUCGAAGGCGAUAUUCUGAAUGAAGAUUUUUAAUGUAAGCAUGCGCUUGUACAGCAUAAUGUUCUGGACGUUUAUUACGAAUUUUAACCAAUAUGGAGAAAAAUGGCUGACUAAGGUCAUUCCUCUUUCUGGCGUGAUUGUGGUAGCGACUGGACACCUGCCAGAAAAAGAGAGCUGCCGAGUUAAUAAAUAAAGAUUAAAUCGAUCCUUUCGGCAACAGUACGUGUAAGCGGAAGAUGGAUACUUCAAACUAUCACAUGACGUCACCUUCUUGGUUUCGAUUUUUGCUUUUAACACUUCAAGCCAUUGGGUUGAAAUUUCAGCCUUUAUUGAAAGAUAUUUCCAUGUUUUUAUGUGCCAUUUAGAAUUGUAAACUAGAAUUUUGUUUUAAAGAAAGAUUCAAUAACGUAGCAACGAUGUUCUAUGCAAUGUUUCAAGAGAAACAAAAAUUGUGAUUAUUUGACAUUCUAGUGUGGCGUUCCAAGCUUUGAAUGGUUAAAACUCACAAUGUGAACACUUUCUCAGAGUAAAGUUACACUGCAGCUGUGCAGAUUCAAACAUUCAAUUGCAAUUUUACAUGAAUUAAGCAAUAUUGAAAUAAAUUUUUAAAGUAAUUUUAUCUCAAUCUUCCCAUACUCGAAUGCCGAGUUGUCGCCGAAACAAGGAUGCUCCCAAACAUGUAUUAAAUUGCAUUUUACUUUAAAAAUUUCCAACAGUGGAAACUAAUAAAUAAUUAGAAGUAAAAAAAUAAAAAAAAUUCCAAUACUGUGAAAUUUACAAAAAGUUUCAAAAUUCUUAAAAAUUAUAUGUUCUCCCCAAGUAGCACCUGUAUAUUGUACAACAUUAAACAAUAUUCACAAUAUUGUGCAACAGCAUAUGCUACAUGGGUCAGUAAAUUAAUCAAUAGAAUUGGCAUUGUUAACCUAAUUGUAAUGUACUGAAUGAGACAGCAAUUUUUUUUUCUUUUAAAAUGCUGCUGUAUAUUAUUAAAAGAAUGUUCUUAUGCUAACGAAGAAUAUUCUUAUUGUAAGAAUAAAAAUGUAUGCAUAUUUUUAAAUUUUGAAAAUACGUUACGAUAAACGCUAAAUCUUUGUGAUGACGUAGCGAACAGAGCUACCAAUCUUAACUCAAAAAUUUAAAAAUAAUAAUUGAUUGCAAUGCUUUCAAAUUGUGAAAAUAUAUAUUGUAACACACAGUCUUAAGUAAUCAGUUGUACAAGGUACUCAGAAAGACGUAACACAAUAGGAUUUCGAGAGAAGCGAAUGUUCACUAGAACUCGAAUAUAUUUUUCUCACUGGCAAUCUGCAAGUUUAAUCUUAGCAUGUGGCAGCAUGGUUCGAUUCCUUUUCUCAUAGCGCCGAUGAAUGGAAGUCAUUUUGUAAUGUACACUUCAUUAGAUGUACAUAUGAGCGUUGGCUGCACGUACAGUUAUGUAAACCUUGUAACAUAAUUGCGAAUAAUGUUCUCUAAUAUUCGAU